CGAGUUGUAUUUUAUCUGUAAUCUUUAGUCAUCUACAGCACCUCGAGUAUGCUGAAGUGGACCUCAGAUAUCCUGCUCGGCCACACCAGGUGAAAACUCGUCCCAUUCCAGGGCCACCGUACAUUUUUAGUCCACAGAAUGGAUUUCCGGAAGCUGCUGUUAGAUGUAGACCGGGCUCUGCGUAAAGAUGAGGUGAAAGCUUUGGCGUUUCUUUGCUCAAAUCUCUUGGGCCGAAGCUUGACCUCAGUGAAGUCGGCCAGUGUGCUCUUCUCUCACCUGACAGCUCAAGACCUCCUCUCUGCUGAGCAACCACACCUACUGAGGGAGCUUCUCCUCAUCAUUCAACAAACACGUCUGGUCCGUGACCUCGGCCUCACUGCAGAGACAUGUACUACAGGGAACCACAUCUCUCCGUACAGGAAGCUGCUCUACAGCCUGUCAGAAGACUUAACCGAUGAGAACUUGAAAGAUAUGAAGUUCUUGUUGAAUGGACAGCUUCCCCGCAAAAAACUGGAGGAGAAUGUUACUACACUGGAGGUCUUUCAGGAGCUGGAGCAGAUGGACCUCAUAAAUGAGAACGAUCUAAACCUACUGGAGAAACUACUUCAAUCAUGCUGCCCUGUAUUGGUAGAACGGAUCAAGAAGUUUAAAGAACAACAAGUACCUCACAGCGGCCCUGUAGCUCAAGAAACCGGUCGACCCCGAUCGAUGUCUUACCCUCUUGAGCAAAACCAGGGGGGGUUCUUAGAUGGAAUACCAGCAUCAGAACCCUUGGGACAGUCUGCCAUGAGUUCCUCUAACACCUCAGUAGGUCGUUUUGAUGUGCCUGAUGCCCUGUCUCUGGCAAUGAGCGGUCUGAGCACUACAUCAAACAGCAGCCCCUCCCUGGAAGUGGGAACUAAUGAGACAAACAUGAACUACGACAAGCAGACGCCUCAAACUACAGACGCUGAGGUUUUGGAAUCUUAUCCCAUGACUGCAGAAAAGAGAGGCCUCUGUUUGAUAAUAAACAACUACGACUUCUCUAAAUCCACAAAAUUUCUCAAGAAUCGAGAAGGGACCAAGGUGGAUGAGGAGUCCCUCAUCAAAGUGUUUAAGUGGCUUGGCUUUGAGAUAGAGCUACAGAAGGACUGUAAAAGGGAGGAGAUUCUGUCCUUGGUUCAGAAGCUCGGCCAAAGAGACCACAGUGACAAGCACUGUCUGGUGUGCUGCAUCCUCAGCCACGGGGAGGAGGAGAGUGUGCUCGGGGUGGACGGACUCCCCGUCUAUCUGAAGGAUCUGAAGGAACCUUUCAAUGGGUUAAAGUGUCUGUCCUUGGUUGAUAAACCAAAGCUGUUUUUCAUCCAGGCCUGUCAGGGCACCGACCAUCAGAGCCCUGUGUACAUUGAGGCUGAUGGUCCUAUGAGUGGAUGUAUUUCAAGUGAUGCUCGUAGAGACUCCAUCCCAACUGAUGCAGAUUUUCUCCUGGCAAUGGCCACCGUUCCCCAUCACGUGUCAUACAGAGAGAGGAUUAGUGGCACCUGGUUCAUUCAGUCUUUGUGCCAAAAUCUUGUCCAGAUGGUGCCCAGGAGAUUUGACCUUGUGUCUAUCCUGACAAAGGUGAAUGCAGAUGUGAGCAAGAAGACUGACGAAACUGGUGAGAAAAAGCAGAUGCCUCAACCUGCCUUCACACUCAGGAAGAAAGUGGUCUUCCCCUUACCCCCAGCUCCUCCUCCAAGCCUCUGACCCUGACUGAUGCCAGUUUGAAUGCCUCAUCAUUAAUGUUUUGUAUGGCAAUCCUUGUUUACAGUUUGAAAUCUGCUGGGUACAAUUUUUGAUAAUACUUUUAAAGCAAUAACUGAGCAAGUGGAAUAUGCUGAUAAAGACCUGUGAUGUCGUAAAAAGCUCAGGAAAAACUUUAAACCACACUCUGUUUAAAUAAUUGUCACAUUAUAUUUCAAGAUAAGAUUAUCCUUUAUUAAUCUCAUCAGGGAAAAAAAUUCUGUUUCUAUAAGAUGGCAAUACUCAAAAAGUACUAACAAGGCCUGUGUGCUUCAGGGCCGGAACAAAAUCAUGCAUUUUACAUUGUAAAUAGAUCCAUUUGAAUUUUUAAAAUUUUACAAGAUGCACAUUAUUAGUUUGCAUGUACUUGAAGAAUUGGUUGUUGGACUGAUGCAGUAAACCAAAUACUCCUCAAACUCUUACCGUUGCUGUAUCUGAAUGUAUUAUUGUGAUUGUGUAAAGUAUUGUGCCUCUUUUCUCAGACAAUGAAAUAAUAAAUUUUUGAACCUUUCCCACAUUA